AUGGUGGGCCAGGAUAGUGGCACCAACGUGUGCCCUCCUACUCUAUUUCCCCAUGUGGGGCGAUGUCUGCCACCUUGUGGGGGUCAAAACAAGAUGUGUGAGGAACAGCACUUGCACGGUUUCGAGUACCCCGCGAGCAUCCCUAAGUGCGCCGGCUGCGAGAAACCCAUCCUGGACCGGUUCAUCCUCAAGGUGCUGGAGCGGUCGUGGCAUGCGCGCUGCCUCAAGUGCGCCGACUGCCAGGCGCAGCUGGCCAACAAGUGCUUCGCUCGCAACGGGCACGUCUACUGCAAGGACGACUUCUUCAAGCGAUACGGCACCAAGUGCGCUGGCUGUGAGCUGGGCAUCCCGCCGACGCAAGUGGUGCGCCGCGCGCAGGACAACGUGUACCACUUGCACUGCUUCGCCUGCAUCCUGUGCAAGCGGCAGCUGAACACGGGCGACGAGUUCUACCUCAUGGAGGACAACAAGCUGGUCUGCAAGGCCGACUACGAGGCGGCCAAGGCGCGCGAGGGCUCCAGCAAGCGGCCGCGCACCACCAUCACGGCCAAGCAGCUGGAGACGCUCAAGAGCGCCUACAACAACAGCCCCAAGCCGGCGCGCCACGUGCGCGAGCAGUUGUCGCAAGACACGGGGCUCGACAUGCGCGUCGUGCAGGUCUGGUUCCAGAACCGGCGCGCGAAGGAGAAGCGCCUCAAGAAGGACGCCGGCAAGACCCGCUGGGGAGACUUCUUCCGCUCCUCGUCCGGCGCCACCAUCAAGCGAGACGUCAAAGACCACCCAGAGGACUCUGAGCCGUUCGGGCUGACCGGCAGCGACCCUGAGGGCUCCCCGGGCCAGCAGUCGGGCCACAGCGGCGCCUCGUCCUACUUCCCGGCCAGUCCCGGGGGUCAGCUGGGGCCCCACUUCGGCCUUCCCAGCGACCAGUUCCCGGGUCGCGGAGACGACACCUACGGCGAGUUCCCGCCCAGCCCAGCCUCGUGGCUUGAGGACAUGGACAGCACACCUUCGUCGGCGAACUUCUGAGCCCCGCAGGACCGUGCAGCGGGGUUAACCCAAGCGCGCGCUAUCGGCGCGGUUGACGCUCUCCCCCGGUUUCGUUGUUCCGCGGCUGGCGGCGCAGUCGCGAGGUCCUGCGCUCAAGGCGACAGUGUACCAAGGAGCAUGCGGGCGGCCCUGAGCACUGUCCCCUGCUGCUGAUGCUGCCAGUGUCAUGCUCACGACGUGGGCAGGGUGCGGUCAAUCUUACUCUGAAAACUCUCGAGGUAGCAAUUUCAAUCAGAGCUUAACUGUCCGCAGCCAGGGCCACUGUAUGCGACUCUGGCACGGCCUCGUUGUAAAGUAUUUGUGCGUGUCGCAGAAGCAGUUUGCGUGAUGAAUACCUGGCGAAGGGCACACUCAGGUAUCGAGAAGUGAACACGUAUAUAGGAUGGACGCGCCUCUGACUAGGGCCCGUUCAGCAAAAUUCUUUUUCGUUAACAAGACACCUAAGAAGAAGAAAAGAUAGAAUGUUUGUUACCUUUCAUGACGUUGUUUCCUUUUGCUCACUUUCAUCUUUCAAUUCCCUAUGAAGAGCGCUGCCUUCUCUAGCGCUGCUACGAGAAUAGGCAAAAGGAAUGAAUCUCACUUGUUGUAAAAUUUAGCUUGCUUUAAAGAAAUCCAUUGUAUGUAAGCACCGGCCAACCCACUUGAGUACACGAACAGACAUACACGACCGGGCAACUGCAACACGAAAUUCUGUUGUACGCUGUUUCUGUAGCAGAUGCGUCGUACUUGUCGAUCCGCAUAUUCUUAUCUUGAAUGUGUCUUGCCAACCCGUAAACGUUUUCCGUGUCGCAUCACGGGGGGGGGGGGGG